AUGGAGAAUGUGAGAGUGCAAUUGGGUUUUGAGAAUCUUUUUUGUGUUGAUGCAGACGGACACAAAGGCGAUUUGGCUUUACUAUGGUCUAGUUGUGUGGACCUUCAAAUUUGUUCUUACUCAGACAAUUUUAUAGACACCACGCUAGCUUUGGAUGUUGGUAGUCCAAGCUGGCGGUUCAAAGGUUAUUAUGGUUUUUCCCAAAGACAAAGACGGCGUGAAGCAUGGCAGAUGCUCCGAAGGUUGGCAGUACAGAGUGCUGAACCAUGGGUCAUUAUGGGAGAUUUUAACGAUCUCAUGCACCAGUCUGAGAAGAUAUGGCGAGCACCACAUCCGCCAUGGUGUAUCACUGGUGUUACUAAUGCGGUUGCCGAUUGCGGGUUACAGGAUUUCCCCUUUAGCGAUAAUCAGUAUACAUGGGUGCGCUCACGAGGUACCCCGAAUAUGGUUGAGGAGAAACUGGACCAUAUUCUUGUAUCGGAGGAUUGGUUAUCCCUGUUUGAGGGUACGACUGCAUGCUCACUUGCGUGCCCGUACAGUGAUCACUUACCCCUGAUUUUAACCCCGGUGGUUACUACAACAGUCCGGCAACGAAAACGCUUUUUAUUUGACAAUAUGUGGCUUCGCGAAGACAAAUGCCGGGAAAUAGUUUCACAUAGUUGGGACCGUACGAGGGGCUUGGAUGUUUUAACCAGGAUCGAAAGUUGUGGACGUGACAUCUGGAGAUGGGGUAAAAAUUAUAACCGAGACUUCCAGCGCAAAAUUGAGCAGUGCAAAAGCCGUUUAGACCAGCUGCGGUUAUGGCGCGAUGAGGAUGGCAUGAGGGAGUAUGACCAAGGUGAUCUGGCGGAGGUUAUAAACAACAUUGCAACAAAGUUAAGUCCCCGUGAUAACAUUGCGCUGCUGCAGACAGUGAACAUUGAGGAGGUACGAGUAGCGUUAUUUCAAAUGCACCCGGACAAGUCACCUGGACCUGACGGUCUAGGACCGGGAUUUUUUCAGUAUUUUUGGGACAUAGUGGGCGGGGCAGUCACUGCUUUUUGUCAGUCCUUUAUUGAGACGGCUACUCUACCAAUGAGGGCGAACGAUACUUACAUCGUCCUAAUUCCAAAGAAGGCAACCCCGGAAACGAUGGCAAAUUUAAGACCAAUAGCACUCUGCAACGUGGUGUAUAAAAUUUCUGCCAAGGUUUGUGCGAAUAGAAUGAUACCUUUGCUAGAAGGGCUCAUUUCCGGUGCCCAGAGUACUUUUGUGCCUGGCCGCCUAAUAACAGAUAAUAUUAUGUUAGCCUAUGAGGUUCAUCAUUACUUAAGGAGAAACACCCAGGGUAAAGAGGGGAUCGUAGCAUUGAAGGUGGAUAUGAGCAAGGCGUAUGACCAGGUUGAAUGGGGUUUUCUUGAAGCAAUAUUGCUGAAAAUGGGUUUUGCAGCACCGUGGGUCAGUAUUCUAAUGGAGACCGUAAGUUCAGUUCAGUAUCAUAUUCUGCAUGAGCAAAGCCAGCUUGGUCCAAUCAUUCCUGGUAGAGGCCUACGUCAAGGUGAUCCUUUGUCACCAUACCUCUUUUUAUUUAUUGCUGAGGGUCUUAGUGUGUUAAUUGAGAGGCGGAUGAGCACGGGUAGACUGCAUGGUGUAACUGUGGCACGGGGAGCACCACCUAUUUCACAUUUAUUAUUUGCAGAUGAUUGCUUUCUGUUCCAUCGGGCCAAUACCCAGGAGAGUGAAAACAUGCGUGAUUUACUGGACACAUAUUCUAAAGCCUCGGGGCAGAGAAUCAACUAUGACAAGUCCAUAGUCACUUUCAGUGCAAAUGUACCGCCACCCAUGCGCACGGAGGUGCAGCGAAUUCUAGAGGUAACAGAAGGUGAUACGACAGGCAGAUAUUUGGGAUUACCAUCCCUUGUUGGUAAACGAAAGAAAGUCAUCUUGGGUUUUCUUAAAGACAGGAUCCUUGCGAAGGUCCGGAGUUGGAAUGCAAAGUUCCUCUCUCGUGCUGGGCGUGAGGUGCUUUUGAAGAAUGUCAUCCAGGCAAUGCCAUCCUAUACGAUGAUGGUAUUUCUUUUACCGACAGGUCUAUGCAAGGAAAUUGAGGUCCUUAUGAAUGAGUACUGGUGGAGUGGAACUGUGGGGGCAAGAAAAAGGGUUGAGAUGGAAGUCCUAGGGCGGUUUGUCGGUCCCAAAAAUUGCAGGAGAGUUCAGGGAGGAAAUCCAUCUUUUAUCUGGAAGGGCUUAUUGGAGGUACAGAAUGUGUUACGGCAGGGUUGUAGGCGACGCAUUGGGAAUGGCCUAGACACAAAAAUUGGCCGGCAUGCAUGGCUGCCAGACGAGGAGGAGCCCUAUGUACAUACGCCUAUGCCAGAGGUUGAGUAUGGUGCUCCUGUUGCAACAUUAUUUAAUACUCAAGGAGGGAAGAUGAAACGACAUGCCAUUUAUUUGCUCAAUGCACUAAGUUGGAAUGACUUUGUUUGGAAAGGGCUUGCUUUUGACAUGCAUGUGUUGUUAAGCAGAAUGCUCAAGCACUGGGCAAAUUGGAAGCUAGCUAAUGAGCAACCAAACACGCCUAAGCCACCUACCGUAAGGGACUAUUGGACUGUGCCAAACCAGGGGAGAUUGAAAUUAAACACAGACGCAGCACUAAAUUCAACAGAUAAUAUGAUGGGUCUUGGAUGGGUUCUACGAGAUGAUGAAGGUAAGUUUAUGGCCGCGAAGAAUGUGUCAGUGCAUGGCAUUUUUGAUGUCAGGGAGGCUGAAGCGUUGUGUUUGAGAGAAGCUUUGAGUUGGCUAAAGGACACUGGUAUGGGAGGUGUUGAUGUGGAGAUGGACUCCCAAGUUGUUUUUAAUGCUAUUUCCAGUACUUCUUUUUAUUCUGCUUUUGGUUUAUUGAUUGAUGAUAUUAAAGGUUUGGCAUCUGAGAUUGAUGAUGUCCAAUUCCGAUUUGUAAGGCGAUCUGCGAAUAGUGCCACCCACAUUGUUGCUAGGGAGGCCUUUUCUGAGUCAGGUUGCGGGGAGUGGUUUGACAUCCCACCCCUCUUUCUUGUAAACACUAUUGAUCGUGAUUUAAUGCAUUAA